AAUUAUUUCUUGGUGCUAAUAAUUUCAACCUCGUGCUAAGAAUUGGCACUGCUCUUAGUCAAAAAGGACGACCAAUCUAAUUUUUCAGCAAGAAUAUCAAACAACUCUUAGCCGGAAUCUAAUCUUCUCUUCGCCAGUUUGCCUGAUCAGAGGAUUGCAUAAAUGCAUGCACGCAAGCCCAUUAUUACUUAUGCUAACUACUUCUAAGCAUAAAGCAAAAUUGGGUGAAUGGAGUACCUAGCAUUUGUGCUGCUACUUCCCUUUGUGUUGGCAUCUAUUCAUGUGCUCGCCUCUGGCCUAAGAGCCUGGAAAUCUGGCUCGCCAAGACUUCCUCCAGGCCCCAAGCCUUUUCCAAUUAUUGGGAACAUCUUGGACCUCGUAGGAAACCAACCCCACCGAGCCGUUUCCAAGCUCUCCAAAACUUAUGGACCCCUAAUGACUCUCAAGCUCGGGAGCAUGACAACCAUAGUCAUCUCCUCUCCAGAUCUAGCCAAACAAGUACUGCAAAAAUACGACCACAUCUUUUCCGGCCGAACUAUCCCGGAUGCUGUCCGAGCACUCAACCACCACAAAUUUUCAAUGGUGUGGCUGCAUCCCACAUCGAGUCGUUGGAGAAACCUCAGGAAAGUUUCUGCCGCGCAAAUAUUUGCUUCACAAAGGCUCGAUUCCACCCAAGCCAUUAGGAGAAAAAAGGUGCAACAACUAGUAGAUCAUGUUAAAGAAAUUUGUAAUAGUGGUCAAGUGGUAGAUAUUGGUGGAGCAACCUUCACAACUAGCCUGAAUGCCAUAUCAAACACACUUUUCUCUAAAGACUUGGCAGACUAUUGUUCAACUGCGUCCCACGAGUUUCUGGAAAUCAUAUUGGGUGCCAUGGAAGAAGCUGGAAGGCCGAAUGUUGCUGACUAUUUCCCUGCACUUCGUUUUGUUGACCCACAAGGUGUACGCCGAAGGGUGAAGAUUUAUUUUAGAAAUUGUUUUAGGACUCUUGAUGGUAUAAUCAAUGAACGAUUACAAUUAAGAGCAUCAUCAUCAAAGGGUUCUCACGCAAGCAGCGAUGUACUUGAUUCCCUCCUCGAUCUCACUCAAGAAGAUAAUUCAGAAUUAAGCCGCGACGACAUCAGACAUUUGCUUUUGGAUUUGUUUAUUGCGGGGAUUGACACAACAUCAAGCACAGUGGAAUGGGCAAUGGCAGAGUUACUACGCAACCCUGAAAAAAUGGCAAAAGCCCGAAAAGAGCUUGAAGAAGUGCUUGGCAAGGACGAACAUAUUCAAGAAUCAGAUAUCUCAAAGCUGCCUUAUCUACAAGCAAUAGUGAAAGAAACCUUUCGUUUGCACCCACCAGCACCUUUCCUAGCUCCCCACAAAGCAGAGAUUGACAAAGAGGUGUGUGGCUUUACCGUGCCCAAGAAUGCACAAAUACUAGUAAACGUGUGGGCAAUGGGACGGGAUUCAAGCAUAUGGCCAAACCCAGAUUUGUUUGUACCUGAAAGAUUUUUAGAGAAGGAUAUAGACUUCAAAGGCAGAGAUUUCGAGCUCAUUCCAUUUGGAGCUGGAAGAAGGAUUUGCCCUGGAUUGCCUUUGGCCAACCGGAUGGUGCACUUGAUGUUGGCAUCUCUAGUCCACUACUUUAAUUGGAAUUUGGCAGAUGAGAUGGAGGCAAAAGAUUUAAACAUGAGUGAGACAUUCGGCAUUACCUUACAUAAGGCUGAGCCCCUCCGGGCUAUUCCCAUUAGAUUUGGGUAAUUUUCAUUGCUUUUGUUUUUAGCUGAAUAUGGAUGUAUGCGCAUGUCUUUAUAUUAUAUGGGUAUAAUUUAAAGACAUGCGCAUACAUCCGUCUUUGUUGGUUUUGUUUUUCCCUGUAUUUUCUUGCUUGUCUUAUUGCCUUCGCGUUUGGGCUUAGGAUGUGAAUAAUCUUUUGACCUUUUGGGUUGAGAAUGACUAGUUUUGGCGUGGUGCUUUUGGUCAUGCCUCAAGAAUGACUACCUAUGUUCUGGAUUGAAUUUGCAUCGGAGAAAUCUGUUCUAUAAGCUGAAGAUUGGGCAUAGGAUAGCAGAUGUAGAUGUCG